AUGUUGCACUUCGUCGACAGGUUUAAUGAUGUUUUGUUAGCUGACGCCACACAUCGGCUAAAUUGUGGCGGGUACGUGCUUUGGCAUGCUAUGCUUGAAGACGACACCGGUUUAGGUUGCAGAUCAGCCUUCAAAGCUGAGCUGCAGUCCACACCGGCAGAGUUGACUUUCCGUCGCACAUUGCGUCUCCCAGGAGAAAUGGUGGUACCGACCCCACCACCCGCCUUCAACUACGGUGACUAUGCAGCUCGUUUAGUACAUCGCAUUCAACAGUUGCAUAUUCAACCACCUCGCCAGCAAACACCCCUAGCAUACCUCCCCUAG